CCCCUCCCUGAGAAGACUCUGUUUUGAGGGGGUAACAAAACCUAAAUUUAGAUGAUUUCAAAGUAACUAAAUGGAGUCGUAGCUAUUUAGCUGUGUUGUUGUCUGUGUCCUUUUUGGAGGGGGGGGGAAUACAUCCCACCAUCUAGCUCCAGACACCGCACCCCCUCCCUGAGAAGACCCUCUUUGGGUUAAAAACUAAAUUUAGAUUCGUUCAAAGUAACAACAUGGAGUCAUAGCUAUUUAGCUUUGUUGGUGUCUGUGUCCUUUUUUGGAGGGGGUUUUAACCUAGUCGGACAACGGGUUUCCACAUAUUGACUAUGUGACUGUGAGCACCCGGAGAAGCGUUAUAGCGGUCCAUGAAGAGCCGUCUAGCCGUCGGUAGUCCUCCUUCUGUCCGGUCUAGUGGACUUGAUGAACCCCGUCCGUCCACCCUGACCCGUGGAGUAGCACCGACAACACAAACAAGGUCAUGGACUUCCCGGGCCACUUCAACCAGGUCUUCCAGCAGCUGAACUACCAGCGCGUCCACAGCCAGCUGUGUGACUGUGUCAUUGUGGUGGGCAGCCGCCAUUUUAAGGCCCACCGCUCGGUGCUGGCGGCUUGCAGCACUCACUUCAGAGCCCUGUUCACCGUCGCCCAGGGAGACGCCAGCAUGAACAUGAUACAACUGGACAGCGAGGUGGUGACAGCGGAGGCGUUUGCUGCCCUGGUGGACAUGAUGUACACCUCCACCCUGAUGCUAGGAGAGAGCAACGUGAUGGACGUGCUGCUAGCUGCCUCUCACCUCCACCUGAACGCCGUAGUCAAGGCCUGUAAGCACUACCUGACCACCCGCACCAUGCCCAUGUCCCCGCCGGCAGACCACCGGGCCACACAACACCGCCAACACACCCACGCAGAACAGCAGAGACUCAGGCAGCAGGCAACCGCCGAGUUAGCCGCUAACGCUAACCUAGCCGCUAACGCUAACCAAGAGGCUAACGCUAACCUGGCGGCUAACGCUGCUACGUCCAGGCUCCAGCGGUCGUUCCUGCUGCAGCAGCUGGGUCUAAGCCUGGUGAGCUCUGCCCUGGGCGGGGUGGAGGAGGAUGGGCUAAGGGGUGGUAGCGAUGGUGUUAGCAUUAGUGGUGUAGUGGAGCACAAAGCAUCCUUGCCCAUUCGACGCUUCCACAAGAGAAAGCCCUCCCUGAGCUUUAGCCUAUCUGAGGACAGGCCCAGGCAGAGGCCACGCCCCUCCGGAACCCACGGGGAUGAGGAAGUGGGACUACUCUCCCCCGACUCCCACAAGACGGGGGAGGAGGCCAGACUGGACGCGGCGAUCACCGGCCUAGUAGAGGGCGUGUCCCAGGAUGACUCCCAGAUGCCCAGCCAAUCGGACGGCGGACGCUGCGAAGGGGAGGAGCAAGGGAUGGCGGAGGAGGGGGGUGUCGGGAAGGAGUCCCUGGAUGGGGGGAGUCACCAUGGUGAUGGGGUGGAGGUGAAGAUAACGGAGGAAGAGGAGGAGGAGGAAGUACGGGAGCAACAGGGACAGGUGGUGGUCAAGUGUGAGCCUCUGAGCUCCCCAGAGCCAGCUGAUGACAUCACCAUCCAGGGUAGCGACCAGCUGGGACCUGGAAGAGGAAGAGGAGGAGGGGAGGAGGAGAAGGUAGAACUGAGCCCACAGAGCAGCGAUCGUAGUCUCUCCUCCUCUGACCAACAGCUUCUCCAACCCAGUUCCCAGCUCCUGCUCAAAGGAGGUCUCGGUAGUGGGAUUGGCGGUGGUUUUGGUAACCAUCUUGAUGGGAAGUCUGGUUUUAGGAUUUCUAGCUUCCUCGGCGCCAAGGUCUUCGGAAGCGGGGGGUCGGGGGUCGAUGCCGGGGACGACGACCUCCUCAACACGACGACCGGCGAGGCGAUGGCAGCGACACAUCGCUUCCUGCUGAGCCCGGAACACUCUGGAACCAAUAACUCCGCCUCGAUGCUCCGUCCCGGGUCGGCCAACCACCUGCACCUGCUGGGUGGCGACGGUCUCGGGGGAUUCUCUACAGACGCCGAUUCGCUCUUCCUGCGUCCCCUGCAUGACGGACUGGGAAACCCCAGAGGAGGAGGGUUCCCAGAUCCGUUUUCUCUGGACUUCCAGCGCUCCAGCCUGGGUCUGCACUCCCUGGCCCGAGCCUCUCGGGGGAGCUCCCUGGGUUACCCUGGAUACCGACGUAUCGCACCGAAAAACGACAACGUGGGAGGAGGAGGAGGAGGAGGAGAAACGGGGGUCGUUCAUCUCCAAGACGCCCUGUCUUCCUCCAGUCUGGGGGAAGGGGGACCCUUGCUUCUGAACGGUUCGGGGGGUUACGAGUCAGGCCCACCCACCUCGUCCUCGUCCGCCCCGCACCCUCGCCCCCAGCUGACCCGUGCCUCUGCGGACGUCCUCUCCAAGUGUAAGAAGGCCCUGUCCGAACACAACGUCCUGGUGGUGGAAGGAGCCAGGAAGUACGCCUGUCGGAUCUGCUGUAAGACUUUCCUCACUCUGACCGAUUGUAAGAAACACAUCAGAGUCCACACCGGGGAGAAACCGUACGCCUGCCUCAAGUGCGGCAAACGCUUCAGCCAGUCGUCUCACCUGUACAAACACUCCAAGACCACGUGUCUGCGUUGGCAGAACAGCAACAUGGCCGACGCACUGAUGUAGGGUGGAGGGGGGAGGGCAGAACAGCAACA